CGCCUCAAUUUGAAACAGUCUACGCACACCGAACCUCGCGUCACACGCUCGUUGUCCGUUCGUUCUUGUACGAUCUUACAAUAAUCUGCUCGUCUCUUGGAACUCAAUCGUUUUUCGCCAACCCGCUCUCUUGUUCAUUUCGAAUUUGAAUUUGAAUUUUUUUUCAUUUAAAACUAUUCUCGUCUCGUUUUUAAUAUUUCAUUUGCAUCAUAUUCAACAUGACUGUGGAAUCGUUGGAAACCAUCAUGCGCCGAAAUAACAUUACUCUGGUAUCGGGCGAAGAGGGCGCGAAAAUGGUGGAUACUGCCACCAGCCGCCUACCCAAGGUUUUCAAGUACAACAUGAUCGUCUCGGCUUUCUUCGUGAUAUUUUUCUUUUGCUUGUUGUCUAACGCUGGAGCCGCUUCCUUGCAGAAUAGAAGAGCAAUAGCGUCAUUGGCGAUUGAGAGUACUACUGCUCCAACCAAAGAAUGCCACCAAAAUACCCCGUGUGGAUGGGCCAUCUACAUACCGUUCACCCGCCGUAUCGAUUAUUUCAUGAAGAACACAUGCAUUUGCAACCCGAAUUUGGCGUGCUUGAAGACCGACGACGACCUGUCCGUGAACGCGUACGUGUACCGCUGCAAGACAAGACCCGUGACUACCACGGAGAUUAUACCGACGACCAUUUGAGAUUUGAGUGAGGGAUAUGCCCACAGCAGCGAAGCCACGGUCAACACCACAACACUGGCGUUGCUUCGUCGCCACUGGACAAGUGAAUUUUUUUUACUACAAUAUUCCUAAUUAACAAGUCUACUCAUGUUCCCGAAAAUAAUUUUCUACAUUUUUUUUUUUUAAAUUAGUCUUAAGAAUUAAGAGUAAAUAUUUUUUUAUGCUUUUAAAGCUUUUUCGUAAUUCAUUUUUAUUUAGAUCGUACUUAUAUUUUAUACUUAAAAAGAAAAAUCAUAACUAAUUAAUAUCAAACCUAUAUGGUUGUAUUUAUAAUCAUUUAUACUUACACAAUAAUUUAUUAUAUUAAUUUAUUUUACAAUAUUAUUAUAUUUUUUUCGUACAAAUUUAAGGGCAUUAGGGAACAUUAUUUAACCCACGUAAGAGGUUUUAUCCUUUAGACUUUAUAUCACAGUAUUUUUAUAUUUUAAUUUUUUCAUGCCUUGAACUUUAGAUUGUAAGUUUAUAAGAAUAAGUUAAAUAAUUAUUUUUUGAGCCAGGCUACUUAACUAUUUAAUUUUUAUUACGACUAACACUAUUGUAAUAAUAAUUAUAAUGUUUAUCUCGUCGUCAUUUAAAUAUGCCGAUUAGAUCAACGUUUUUAUUUAUUAUUUUUUUUCAAAACACACUAUUAGACAUAAUUAAAAAAACAUACUACUGUUGUUUAAUAAUAUUAUUAUUAAUAUUUAUUUAUUAUUAUUAUUAUUAUUAUGAUUAUUAUUAUUUUUAUGUUUAUUAUAAUUAUGUCCUC